AUGUCCAACCACAGCUCUGUGUCUGAAGUCACACUCCUCAGAUUCUCUGAGGCUUGGGAGUUGGAGAUCCUGUAUUUUGUCAUGUUCCUAGUGAUAUACCUCAGUGUCCUGAUGGGAAACAUUCUCAUCAUUGUGGUAGUAAUCCUUGAAAACAACCUUCAUAACCCCAUGCACUUCUUCCUGAUGAACCUGUCCAUCCUGGACGUUGGAACCAUUUCUGUCAUCAUCCCCAAAGCCAUGGUCAACUCCCUGCUGGACAUCACAACCAUCUCCUAUGCUGGGUGUGCCACACAAGUCUUUUUCUUUCUCUUCUUGGUGGGAGCAGAUUUUGCCCUUCUCACUGUCAUGGCAUAUGACCGUUAUGUUGCCAUCUGCAAGCCCUUGCACUAUGAGAUGGUCAUGAACAGAAGAGCGUGCAUCCAGAUGGCAUGCAAUGCCUGGGUUUCAGGGAUACUGAACUCUAUCAUGCACACCUGGAACAUGUUUCCAUUCACCUUCUGUGGUGGCAAUGCAGUGGACUUAUUCUUCUGUGAAGUCCUCCAACUCCUCAAGCUUUCCUGCUCAGAUGCAUAUCUCAGGGAACUGUGUAUGUUGUUUUUCAGUUUUUGUUUAAUGUUAUCCUGUUUCAUUCUCAUUGUUGCCUCCUACAUUCAGAUCUUCAUCACAGUGCUGAGAAUACCUUCACAGCAGGGCCGGCAUAAAGCCUUUUCCACCUGCAUCCCUCACCUGACUGUGGUCUCCUUGUUUGUCUUUUCUGCCACGGUUGCAUACUUAAAACCUACUUCUCACACCUCAACAGGGCUGGAUCUCAUAGUGGGUGUCAUAUACUCCGUAGUGCCCCCCACAAUGAAUCCCAUCAUCUACAGCAUAAGGAACAAGGAUAUCCUUGCUGCUGUGAGGAAACUGGCUCGCUGUCUGUUGUUCCCUGACCACCGGAUGCACAUCCUUCCCCAAUGA